GAGAAGACAUUUGCAUGUUGUUAGGAUUUUUGUACCAUCCUCAUUUCCCAUCAUUUUCCAUCAUCCGCCCCCACAACCCCAUGAAAUCCGAAGCUUUCCACUGAGAAAAUCAAGAAAAAAAAAUGUUGUUUUUCUGGAGAUGCCCUUGUCCUCCAUUAUUGCUCCCUCUUUGAGCUCAAUUGAACAAUGGGGUGAGGGCAUUUAAGUCACUGAACUGACAAUUAACGUUCAGGAUAUAUUACCAUCGUGGCCACUGAAAGCGAAGGGCUUCUCAUUUUGGGCAUGCCUAGAAUAUCCACAGAUGAAAGUGAAACCAAGCCAUUUGGGAACCCCAAUAAAAUUUCAAAAGUAGAAUUGGAAAUGAUGAGGAGGGGCGUGCCUGUUUGAUUACUGAGAAAGCUUCGUGAGUGCGAAACAGAAAGAGAGAGAUUGCAGAGAAAAAAGAAAGAAAAAAAAAAGUUGUGCAAACAAAUUCUGAGAGACCCACAUGGAGCUACAAUCAUCAAAAGCGAGAUGGAGGCAAAUCGGCUUUGUUCGCUGGUUCCCUUGAUGCUUGACACCGGAGCUCGCUUUUCAAUCAUAAUACGCAGUCGCGGUUUCGAAUAAGAGGUGGGUUUUCUCAGACUUCUCUCUCUCAGGUCUUCUUCACUUUGGCACUGAUAUUAUCGCAAUCCAGAACAGAUGGUGGUGAGUUUUGGGUCUUUGGGAAGAUUUAAGAAUCUCUAGUCUGCAAAUGGAACAAUGAAAUUCAGUGCGCGGAUGUUUGAGUUUUGUACGCUGUCUCCGAAAGGAAAUGUACGAGGCUGCGAAUCUCUCGGUGAUGGUUUUAAUGCUUUCGAUUCUGAAGCAAAUUAGGGGCGAAGGGGCGAUCCGAGUACCAAUUGCUUUUGGCUGAAAAUACAGUUCUUCUUCCAUUUGCCUUCCAUUUCAUCUUUCUGCUAAAUUUGGAUCGUCUGUCGUCUGAUCUGAUCUUCUAAUAUCAAAAGGUUAUAAAUUGGGUGCUUAAAUUGAGUUAGAGAUGCACUUUGUGCAUGUGGUCGUUCAGUUCAAAGCUUGGAGUGUUUGAUUCAGAAAGUAGGAGGCUGUAAGUUUCUUCCACAUCUUACUUUCCUCUUUUAUCUUCGAGUACGUAUCUUUUUGUGUAGAAAGCUUUUGCGGCUGUUCUGAGGUGCUGUGGGUCUUUUGUUCUUAAUGUGCUCUGUUUACCAUAUUUAAACAAGCUGCAAUAAAUCAAUAAGAAUGGCUGAAAUAAGGUUAACUAGAGUAGAACAAGGCCAAACCAAGAUUAAAAAUGUUCCAAUUGCUGUAACCCCAGAAGGUUUUUGGUGCUGCCCUUCUCCUGUUGUUUUUCAGAAGACCCUCAAAAGUCAAAAUACUCUAAACAAACCUAAACCUGCCUCCCUUCCCCCUAAGAUCCCUGUCGAGAAGAAAUCAUCCCCUGUGACUGAUAGAAAGCCAGCACUUACGAGAUCACGGUCAGCUGCUGUUUCUGAUGAUGACCGAAAAGGCAAUGCUGAUACUUCUGGCUUUAGUGCCCCAGAGGCUGUACAUAGGGUAUCACGACCUAAGAUUGAAAAUAUGCCAAGAAAAAUAGCAAUUGAGUUUGGCGAGCCUGGGACAAGUAAUAUAAAGGUUGUUUUACUCGGGAAGCAAGGAUUUUCGGUGAAGUUAAGCGUUCAUAAAAAUGUUUUGAUGGAUAAUAGUACCUUUUUUGCCAAUAAACUUUCUGAUCAAGAAGGUUCCUCUCUGGAAAUUGGUGAUUGUGAAGAUGUUGAAAUAUAUGUUGAAACUGUGGGAUUGAUGUACUGCAAAGAAAUGAAGCAAUGGCUGAUGAAGCAAAAUGUUUCUCGUGUUCUGCGAAUUCUGAAGGUUGCUGAAUUUCUUGGCUUCAAGUCAUGCAUGCAAUCAUGUCUAGAAUACUUGGAAGCUGUCCCUUGGGUUGGUGAUGAAGAAGAAGAGAAGGUUGUCACGUCCAUCCUCCGACUUCAAAGUGAGGGCAUUGGAGUGAGCCCAGUACUGAAACGAGUGUCUGCUGGUGUGUCUAAACCCCAUAAAGACACUCUUUCCCAUAUCAUCGAACUUGUUCUUAGAAGCAAUGAGGAGAGAGGCCGACGGGAAAUGAAAUUGGUGGUCCUGAGGCUCCUUAGGGAGAACCAGAGUGUCCCCAGCCAUGCGAGUUCAACCGACAUUUGCAAUGAAAUUAUUUACUCUUCUUGUAGAAACUGUUUGUCUUCACUACUGUGCCUCUUCCAGCAGGCUGCUGAAACUGAUUUUACUGACAGAUCAGUGGACAGGAAAGAACCGGUGCUGAAGCAAAUCACUCUAGAGGCUGAUAACCUUUCGUGGUUGCUUGAGAUCUUAGCUGACAGGCAAGCAGCUGAUGAGUUUGCAGUUAUGUGGUCGAAGCAUCAGGAACUAGCCGCUCUACAUGCGAAGUUGCCUAUUGUUUCUCGUUACCAUGUUAGCUGCAUAACAGCAAGGUUAUUCGUUGGCAUUGGCAAAGGAGAGCUCUUACCAGCAAAGGAGACCCGUAAACUGUUGUUACACACAUGGUUAGAACCGUUGAUCAAUGAUUAUAGCUGGUUAAAACACGGUUGUGGGUCGUUUGAUCGAAAGGUCGUGGAGGAAGGAAUUGGUCGGACGAUCCUCACUCUACCUCUAGAGGAUCAGCAGAGCAUUCUGCUAACUUGGUUGGGCAGUUUUCUGAAGGUUGGGGAUAGCUGCCCAAAUCUCCAACGAGCGUUCGAGGUUUGGUGGCGUCGGACCUUCAUUCGACCCUAUGUUGAGGCACAAGGAAGCAUUCACCAGCAAGAUUGCUCAAUCACACCCCAGUUGGGGCCUUAAAUACAUGCCAGUGCCAGCAUAUGAUGGAAUGCAAGUAUAGAUAUGGAUCGUUCAAGCAUCUCUCUCUGAGUUGAAGAUGAACAAAAACUGACCAUUGGGGGGCAGGCAAAGUGUAUUGCUUAUAGUUUAUUAUGUCGAAUGAAUUUCGAAUAUCAUCGAGAAUGAUCUCGAUGAAGUGAAUUGCUCUGUUUGAGUUCAAUUUGAAUGUAGUAGUAUCAGUCGGAUGUGCAUUUUAUACUCGGAAUGCACCUCUGUUAUCAUUACUCAUCCUUGUUGAAGUUGAAAAUCAAGGUGUUGGCUGCUUUUCUUUGCUUAUGCUAUUGAAAUUUACUUUGUAACACCAAGAUAGAGCUAUGGGUGUGUUUUCUGCAAGUUGUUUUAUAAAACUGGUUUAUAGAUCUGUUGAUUGAUUU